AACUCCACACAACUUCGUAACAACAGUACACAUUUCCUCAUAAGGAUCAGGUAACGGCCUUGCAGCAAGCAAGUAGCAUAGCACAGCUGUCCUAGGACACCCCAGAAAAGAAAGGGCCCUACAGCAAGGACCAUUAGCAGAGAGCAACAAAUAAUUUUUGCAUACGUCUUUCAUAAUAUAUGUGCAGAAAUUAUAUCUAUAUAUACACAUACAUCUACCUAAUUGAAGUCUGAAAAAGCCAUUUACAUCAGAAGGUGAUCUCUGGUCCUGACAUAGCUGCGUCAGAAGAACUUGCAAUAAAUACGCUUUACUCAUGCUAUGAAGUACUGAGAAAAAAAAAUAUUUUAAUGAUGCAUCUUGACACAUCUUCCUCCUGUGCAAUGGCUGAGGUACAUGUGACAGUGGGGAUUUGUUGUUUUUUCAAUAAAGAUUCAAAAUAUAAACAUACUGCUUAUUCAUGCAUUAACUUACAAGAUUAUUUUCCUACCAUAGGAAACAGGAUGUGCAUCUACAGCCAUGCUUAUGUGUUCGUAAGGACUUAAAAGUAAGACCUAGAUCAGCAGUCAUAUGUUCCCAGAGUCUGGAUCUUAGAGCUAAUCCCACAGCUUCCCUCCACAGCACUCAUCUACCUCAUGGCAUAUUACAACACAGAGCACACCUCCACACCACAUGCUUUUUUAAACUUUAGUCCCUGAUGAAUUCAUUCCCAAUGAAGAUUUUUUUAACAAAGUGAAAAAACUCUAAUGAAUAAUGUUAAGCAAUAACACCAAACAGAAGCCUACAACCAGUUCACUGUGUUCAGCCAAAACUAGUUGUUGACCAAAUCUGAUCCUUCACACUCAGGGAAGUGAUUUUUAUUCCAAGAAACAUAUUUUUUCCCCCAGUUCUUCUGACAAGAUUAACUAUAUUUUGCUUCAGCAAUAAAAGCUUAAAAAAAAUCCUCAUUUAACUACCAGCCACUUGGAGUAGUCUUCCCAAUUGUUGAUCAGGCACUUCAGAUCUUCUGUGACCCUGAGGAGGGGACAACAUUCCUUUCAACCUCACUACAGUGGUUUUGUGAUUGCACUAGCAGGCCUUUUCGACCAGCAGCAAUCCAGGCAGAGCCGGCUGGUUUGGUGCAAUCUGGAAAUCUGUUGUAACGACAGAACAAAAAGCACAAGGAAGAGCCUGCCGGCUGUAUAAAGCUCCAGUCCCUGCAGAAGUUCACCCACCUCAGCAAUCAGCAUGACCAGCCAGUCUCAGGGAAUCCAGCAGCUUUUGCAGGCAGAAAAACGUGCCAAGGACAAACUGGAGGAAGCAAAAAAAAGAAAGGGGAAAAGGCUGAAGCAGGCCAAAGAAGAAGCCAUAGCCGAGAUAGACCACUACCGGUUACAGAGAGAGAAGGAAUUUCGGAACAAGCAAACAAAUGUAAUGGGCUCCCAAGGUAACCUCUCCACUAAAAUAGAAGAGCAAACAACAGAAACCAUCCGAAACCUCUCUAGCAGCUACCACAAGAACAUGGAGAGCAUGAUGAAAAAGCUUUUGAGCACAAUAUGUGACAUCAACCCUGAAGUUCACCCAAACUUCAGACACGCGGUUUAAGAUCCAUUGAUGUGCUGAGGAAGGAUGUUUGUAAGAAGUAGCCCUUUAAUGAUAAGCAUAAAUAUUUCCUCAUUUAUUGUUUCUGUAUGUGUGAGAAGAACACUAAAGCGAAAAUCACAGAGUUCCACACAGGCUUUUGAUGUGACAAGAAUUAUACAGGAUUUCACAAGCAUUUGUUGAAAUACUGUUUCCUGUUGGUAGCAAAGCCCCUGUCAUUCAGAUGAGGGCAAGCCAGCAACAGCAGAAUAAAUGAUUAUUUGACACCAGCAGCUUUUCAGUGGGA